AUGGGUUCCGUAAAAUGUAACAUAGGAAGCUCAUGGACAGCUAGUUCUCAGCAUACGGGUGCGUCUUGGUUGAUACGAGACUUUCAAGGUCAACCUAUGAAACACAGUCGACGUUCAUUCUCAGAGGUUACAUCAAGAUUGGAAGCUGACAUUACUACAAUAUGUUGGGCAGCUAAAGAUCUUCAGACUCUGCACUGGAACAGAGUUAUCAUGGAAAUCUCAUCAACUCAAGCUCUGGAGGCCUUGAACAAUCCACACAGGUUCCCGGGUUUGUCCUACUUAAUUGAGUGUACUCAUCAAGCUCUAUCUUGUUUCCAAAGCUGUUUGGUGGAAGUUGUGAAUGUUUCAGCAAAUAGAGUAGCAGAUCAGAUUGCUGUCAGAGUUACGAACGAUGGACGAUGGAGUUCUUAUAUAGCUCGUGGAGGUCCAAGUUGGCUCAAUGACACUAUUCUUGCUGAGGCAGUUAACUCUCCAUCUUCAUACUCAAGUUGA